AUGGGCGCCGUUCCGCAGUUAACCCUACUUGAGGCCAUGCAGUUCCUGGUAGAGCCACUUGAUUGUAAUGCUAAUCCAGCGGCCCAGGUUAUGCUAGCAGCAGCAACGGCAUGGGGACAAGGAUCUUCUGUUCCAUUUGGCCAACCGCUGUUGGAAGCGGUCUGUCGCGCAUCCUGCAAGUUGCAAAUCAGGCCAGCGAUAUUGCUCUUGGCAGCUGUAAUUAGUUCCAUCAUUUUGGUGGUCAUACUUCGUAACGCCUGCGUAAACCUGGUGCGGUGGUAUGCUGCGGCGCGCGGUAGCGCCUUUGUGGCGGUCGCCUUUCGGGCCCUACGUGAACUCCACGCCAGCGGGGCCUUAUUAGGCUCCGCCGCCGGCGCCGCGGAUGCCAUCGUCCUGCCCCGCCCUGCCCCCGUCCACCGCUGGUACACCCCCCCGUCGGUAACUGCGCCGGUGGUGUGCUGCGGCUGCUUCCAGCCCGUGGUGGUGGCGCAGGGAGCGGAGGAGCGAGCGCAGUGUUGCGAGCUGUGCGGCAUGGUGGCUCACGGUACCUGCGUCAAAGCCGUACCGCACAACUGUAGACUGCUGUACAUGGACAGCCUCACACCGCCGCCGCCUCCACAUGAGACCCCGCAGGAGCCGCAGUCCGAGCAGCCAGCGGCGGCGACGGCGGCCGCCGUGACAUCCACAGCAACAGCCUCUGCCCGCGCGCCGCCGUCGCUGCCGCCCCCGCUGCCCCACGACUGGCGGCCCGCGGGCACCACCCUAGACCUCAUAUUGCCACCGGCGGACACGGAAAUGCUAUUGAUGGGCGGCGAUAGCAGCAGCACCAUGGCCGGGCCCCCUGGCGCCAGCACCAGCUCCUACACCUUCCCCUCCUCGUCAUCGGCCUCUGCCACCAUCACCACCACCACUAUCUACAGCAACAAUAUUAUCAUUAACAACAAUAACAACAACGCAGCGGUCACCACCUCGACCUCCUCCUCCUCUCCCUGUCACGGUCCAUCCAGCUUGUGUAUUUACUGCGGAGAGCCUUGUGAGGUGGGGCUGCUGGCGGUGGAGCCGGUGUGGAGGUGCGGAGGCUGCAGGCGUUUUGCUCACGUGCAGUGCUGGUCCUGCCUCCACCCCGACGUGCUGUCGGCCGCGACACGUGCAGCUCUGGAGGGCCAGGCGAUGGAGGCGGAGGAAAUAUCGGGCUCUCCCCGCGGUGCCUCUUUACAUUGGGAUUCCCCAGGCGAGGGUGGCGGCGGCGGCGGCAACGCCGUCGCUGCGGCCUCGUCAGCAAUGCCCAUUACGGCCCGGCCGCUAGGUCACCCGGCGGCCAACACCGUCGCACCGUCGGACCAAGCCCCGGCCGCCCGGCCAACCUCCCGCCUGCGCGGCGUCAGCAGCGCCGCUGUAACGGCCGCAACCGCCGCGGCUGCCAACCGUAAGAGCGGCGGCGGCGGCGCCGCCGAGCAUGUUCGUACCCAUCGUCACUCGGCGCGUGUGCUGCCUACCGCUGCCGCCGCCGCCGCCGCCAAUCCUUCCAGCUCCGGCGGCGGCGGCGGCGGAGGAGGAGUGACCUCCGGAAGCGGUGGCGGCGCCGGCAGUGGCAAAGCCUCAUUGGCGCCACCGCCGCAACCCGCAGCAGCGGCGCCAGCGGCAGCGGCUGAUGGUGUCUGGGACCGGCACCGGCGCUGCCACAGCCUGCCCGAUAUCGCCGGCCAUGGCGGAGGCAACCGCGGCGGCGCCGCCGCUGGCGGAGCCGCCGACAACGCACACGGCCCCCAACACCGUCGAGGCGGGGCGAGCAGCGGAUCAGGCGAAGAAGCUGUGACCUCAACAUCACCGACUUCGGCUGAGCCGGCAUCAUCGCCAGCGGCGGCGGCGGCGGGGCCGUUGUACAGCACCGGGGGCCGGGUACCGCAUGGCGUGACCCGUGGGUCGGCUGACAGGGGUCGCCUUGCCCGCCUGGACCGUUGCGACCCUCAGAUCUCCCUGGGCCCCCUGGGUGCUAUUGUCGUACCGCCGACCUCCGUGAUAUCGGUCAACGGUCGCAGUACGGCACCGCUUUUCAUGGCGGAUCUCUCCACGGCCGCAGCUGCGGCUGGCACAGGCGGAAGCGUCAGCACUGCCGGCGGCGGCGGCGGCGGCGGGCGUGGCCGCAAGAAGCAAAAGCAGCAGCAGUCGCAUUUGGGUCGGACCCUACGGCAGCAGGCGCAGCAGUGGUAUCGCUCCCACGCCGCCGGUUGGGCGCUCAGUAUGGCGGCGGCGGCGGAUGCUGCGGCUCCGGAGCGCUGGCGGCACUUCCGUAUCGGAGUGCUGCCGCCGGGCUGCAAGCCGCUGUUGACGUUUAUUAACCCGCGCUCAGGACCUCAGGCGGGAGAGUACCUGCGUCGCCAACUGUUGCAGCUGCUACAUCCGAUGCAGGUGGUGGAUCUGGCCCGGGAGGUUCCUGGUCCCGCACUUCGUUGUUGGUGGGGGAUACCUGGGCUGCGUGUUUUGGUGAUUGGGGGCAACGACCUGGCUCGCGUGCUGGGCUGGGGCGGUGGCCUAGCGGCGCUCGACGCCCGAGGCGGUGUGGCGGGAGUGCUGGCCGAGGUGGUUACAACCGCCGCACCAACCCCCGUGGACCGUUGGGCUCUCAACAUCGCAACCGCCACAACCGACACGGCGAAGCGGCGUAGCUCCUUCCUACCUCGCCGCCGUCAGCCGCCGCCGGUCGCCUCACGAAGUCAGACGCAACUUGUCGUCAAGGAAGUCAAGACAUUCAACAACUACCUGGGAGUGGGUAUCGACAGCUGGUGUGCUCUGGAGUUCCACAGAAUGCGAGAGCGGUACCCCGGGUGGUUCAAGUCCCAAUUAGGCAACAAGAUGUGGUACACGGGGGUGGGUGCCCGGGACCUGCUGGCCAGGAGCUGUGUUGACCUGCCCAGCAGGUUGCAGCUGGUGUGCGACGGCCUUCCCGUAGAGCUGCCCCCCUCAACCCAGGGCAUACUGCUGCUCAACAUCCCGUCGUACAUGGGGGGUGUGGAUCUGUGGGGCAAUGGAGUGUCUCAACAGCAGCAGUGGGGUGAGGCGGCGGCGGUUGGUGCUGGAGAGCCUAAUUCGCCGGAGAGAGUUAACGCUACCACAAGCGCUGCCGCCGCCAUAACAGCAACUGCCAACAUGAAUGGUAACGGCUACAAUGGUGCUGUGCAGCGCCGCGGCGGCGGCGGUGGUGGCGGAAGCGGCGGCUCUCCUUCCGGUGGCACCUCCAACACGUCCGGCGGGAGGUCCCCCGCCGAUGCCGUACAGCCACAGCCACAGCAACCGACACCACCGAUGCCGACGUUACCAACACAGCACUUACAGCCCCAUCCUGAGGUGCCGCAGAGCAUCAGCGACGGCGUUCUGGAGGUUGUCGUAGUGUACGGCGCAGUACACCUGGGCCAGCUGCAGGUGGGCCUUGCUCGUGCCACUCGGCUGUGCCAGUGCCGUACAGCCGUCAUUACAACUCGCCAGGCCUUACCCAUGCAGGUGGUGCGGGGGUUGGCCCAGGUGCCACAUGCAGUCGGUCGGGCGGAGGUGGACGGAGAGCCGUGGAUGCAGCCCCCUGCCCAGCUGAGCAUCAAUAUCAAGGGCAGCGCCAUGAUGCUUCGCCGUCGGGACCUGAGCAACGCCACCUCCCGUCUUACAGCCGCCGUGGGGGAGGUGUUGGAUGGCGCGGUGGCGAGAGGGACCAUCACCGCAGUGCAGAGGCAGGCACUGGGGGCGGAGAUCGCGCAACGGCUGCGGGCGCCGCAUGCGGUCUAG